AUGGAGAAAGUGGUUGAUCUCUUCGGAGUUGGAGAAGCUAAUUCCCAGAAGCUACUCGAAGGAGGCAACGAUCUCAGCGAGAUCCAACAGGGAUUGUUCAUAGGUUCAGUAGCUGAAGCGAAUAACAAGGAAUUGCUCAAAAGCUCCAAUGUCACUCAUGUUUUAACUGUAGCUGUUGCUUUGGCUCCUCCUUACCCUGAUGAUUUCGUCUAUAAAGUCAUCGAAGUCGUUGAUAGAUCCGAGACCGAUUUGAGUGUAUAUUUCGAUGAGUGUUUUAGCUUCAUCGACCAAGCUAUUCAAUCUGGAGGUGGUGUUUUGGUUCAUUGCUUCAUGGGAAUGUCUAGGAGUGUGACUAUAGUGGUGGCUUAUCUGACGAAAAAGCAUGGAAUGGGUUUCUCUAAAGCUAUGGAGCUUGUAAAGAGCCGACGACCUCAAGCAUUGCCGAAUUUCGGUUUCAUUUCUCAGCUGAAGCAAUUUGAAAAAUCCAUCAAAGUACAUGGUGAGGAGGAUUCAGCUGAUAAGAAGAUAGACUCAUGA